AUGGCUCAUGGGUGGUGUUUCCUCCUGCUCACCCUAGCACGUCGGUUCCAUGUGGUGACAGAGAAGAGGAACUGGGAUGAUGCUCGGCAGUACUGCAGAGAGGAGUUCACUGACCUGGCCACCGUAGACAACAUGGCAGAUGUAGAUGAGAUCAAGAGUGCGCUCCAGGAUGCAGGUGUUACGUUUGAGGCCUGGAUAGGGCUGUAUGGGGGCCUUCCUAAGUGGCGGUGGUCUCUGGCUGAUGAGGGGUUCUAUGAGACUAACUCCACACAUCCAUAUGUGCUGGUUGAAGAGGAGAAGACCUGGGCAGAUGCUCAGAGAUACUGCAGAGAAAAACACACAGAUCUGGCCAGUGUGAGGAACCAGGCAGAGAAUGACAAGAUCUACUCAGACAUACAUAGCAGACUAGUAGCAGAAUCCUAUUCCUGGAUUGGCCUGUUCAGAGAUGCCUGGGAGUGGUCAGACGGCAGCAGUUCCUCCUUUCGACACUGGGCCCCUGGACCCAAAACUGGUGGGGAUAAAACUCGACACAGAGUUCGGAUUAAGAUCAGUGGGCUGUGGAAUGAAGUACGCGGCGGGUUAUUUAGAUCAGAUUUAAUCUGCUACGAAGCUCUCCCAACAGUAGAGGUGGUGUCUCCUCAGAGUCCCUUUUACUCUGGAGAUGUCGUCACCCUCAGCUGUGACAUACCCAAGUACACAGGCCCACACCAGUAUGGCUGGAUAAAGGACAACAACACAGUUCCUGGUAAGACCAACCGUACCAUCACCAUCAACCUUCCAGAAGAUUCGGGUCAGUACCAGUGCCACAGACGUAGAGACGGUUCUUCAGUGGAACCCUACAUCAGCAGAGCCUUCAACAUGACAUUCAACGCUCUCCCGACUGCUACAGUGGAGGUGGUGUCUCCUCCUCCCUUUUACUCUGGAGAUGUCGUCACCCUCAGCUGCGAAAUACCAGAGUACUUGGACUGGCAUCAGUAUGUCUGGCUAAAGGACAACAGCCCAGUUCCUGGUAAGACCAGUCAGACCAUCGCCAUCACCCUCCCUCUCGAGGCAGGCCAGUACCAGUGCAGUGGAGAGAGAAACCAUCGCCCGAUGACAUCCUCAGUAAGCAGCUCUGUUGACAUCAACGCUGUAGUGAAAAGGACUCAAAUAGUGAGAGUGGAGAUGGAAAUGGCUUCUGAUGUGGAUGUCGAAGAUCCUGACGUGCAGGAAGCCUUCCUACAGCAGAUUGAACAGAGAAUGAAGGACAAAGGGUUAACAGGAAAUGUCCAGCUGUCCUGGAGGAGGCAGCCAGAUGGAAAGGUGUUCCACAAGAAGAAGGAGAAAAGAGAUGAGCUUUAAGCACACUCUGAGUUUAUGCACAGUAGAAAGGUGACUGCUACAUACUCUGGGCAAGAAU